GGGGCCGGGGAUCCCUACGCGCCCCUCAUGGUGCUGAUGUGCCGGGUGUGCCUGGAAGACAAGCCCAUCCAGCCCCUGCCCUGCUGCAAGAAGGCCGUGUGCGAGGAGUGCCUCAAGAUCUACCUGAGCGCCCAGGUACAACUUGGCCAAGUAGAAAUCAAAUGCCCUAUCACAGAGUGUUUUGAAUUCUUAGAAGAAACAACUGUUGUCUAUAACUUAACGCAUGAAGACUCCAUCAAGUAUAAGUACUUCCUGGAACUUGGCCGUAUUGAUUCCAGCACCAAACCAUGUCCUCAGUGCAAGCACUUUACAACCUUCAAGAAAAAAGGACAUAUACCCACCCCAUCCAGAUCAGAAAGCAAAUACAAAGUCCAGUGCCCCACUUGCCAAUUCAUCUGGUGUUUUAAGUGCCACUCUCCUUGGCACGAAGGUGUUAACUGCAAGGAAUACAGGAAAGGAGACAAACUGUUGCGUCACUGGGCCAGCGAAAUUGAGCAUGGGCAGAGGAAUGCCCAGAAGUGUCCGAAGUGCAAGAUCCACAUCCAGAGAACUGAAGGAUGUGACCACAUGACCUGCUCACAGUGUAACACUAAUUUUUGUUAUCGAUGUGGGGAGAGAUACCGCCAACUUCGUUUCUUUGGAGACCACACAUCAAACCUCAGUAUAUUUGGAUGCAAAUAUCGCUACCUCCCAGAGAGACCUCAUUUAAGGAGAUUAGUGCGAGGGUCCGUCUGUGCUGGAAAAUUAUUCAUUGCACCUCUAAUCCUGGUCUUGGGAUUAGCACUAGGGGCCAUAGCGGUUGUAAUCGGUUUAUUUGUAUUUCCCAUCUAUUGCCUUUGUAAAAAACAGAGAAAACGAUCACGGACAGGUAUGCACUGGUAAAACGCAGGUUAUGUCAUCUAACUAAGCUGGUCCCAGCAUGAGCUGUACAGAAUGGCGCGCAAAACGUGAGAGGAGCCUUCUACCUUCUCGACUCCCUGUGGUUCCCACAGGCCACAAUGCCUCUAGCUACGGUGCACUCCCAACAUGGCAUCCUGUCUUUUGCCUAAACAAAUUGCUGCUUUUUAAAAAUGGUCACUUUCAUAAACUAUAAACAUCUAGAUCAUAACUCCGAUCUUUGUUGUUCUUGGAAGAAAAUGUUUUAAUUAAGAACUAAUAUCCUCAGAAUUGUUCUGAGCACACCUCUUCUGAGCAUUGCUUGGACCUUUGAGCCCUGAAUCUCCCUCCAGGCCAUCUUGUGAGACUUGGUGUGAAUAGCUGAAGUUCUGUCAGUACCAACAAGCAAGACCACUUUUCAGAAGAGUUCAAUGAGUGCACCUGUUCUCUUCUGUGGCCCAAGCAGUAUAAUUCCUUUAUCUUUCAGAUGCUGUAAUUGCUAAAAAUGUCAGUGUCCAAAAGGGAACUAAUGAAACUAGAUUAGUGGGAAGAAUCCUGAGUUACUGAAGUAUACAUGUUUAGGGGUGUGAAUGUUGUAUGUAUAUAAAUAUAUAUCGAAACUCGGUCUAAUAACCUUGAACUUACUUAAUCCCAUGCCUCUACAUUAUCUUUCCACACUUUCAUAGGCCUAUUUAAAGAUGAUGGUUCCUUUGUGGGCAUAAUUUGGUAAUGUAUUGAAUUAAAGUCAAUGAAGACAACAGGC